AUGUACAGUAGCCUAACCAGUGGUCAUUCAUUCAUAUCGCUUUCAGAAGCAGUUUCGAUUUGGUUGUUACGUGAUUCCCAUUACGAAGGGAAUCUAGGUCAAAAUAUGGCGCAAGGUUGUCCUUAAGACAAAUUCCAGUGAAUAUGCUAGGCUACAACACUGCAUUUUAAACCGCAUUUUAAUGUGUCCUCGAGGCUUUUCGUCUAGCAAAGACGGCGCCCGAUGCACUUUACUUAUGGUUACAAAGUUGUGUUAAUGUGUUAAGGGCAGGUAUAAUUGCAUACUGCACUUCGUUUUUGUUUCGAUGUGAGAAGAUGAAUUUACUAAAUAUCUUUUGUCGUAAGUUAAGAUGUAGGGAACAAUUUGUUUAUCAACUACAAUCCAAAUGUACAACAUCGAUUUGGUGGCACCAGAUUCGAAAGAAAAGUUCUCUUCCACAAAAUUUCACCUCAUACGAGACUCUACGGCAGCUUUACAACCCUCACAUUCCUGAGUUUUUCAACUUUGCCAAAGAUGUGCUGGAUGAGUGGGAGGCCAAAGAGAAGCGGGGAGAGAAGUCAGGGCAGCCUGCUCUCUGGUGGGUGAAUGACAAAAGAGAGGAGAUCAGGUGGAGUUUUGAGGAGUUGGGGUUCCACUCCAGAUGCCUCGCCAACAUUCUCUCAGAGGAGUGCCAGCUUCAGAGAGGGGACAGGGUGCUCCUGAUACUACCCAGAAUUCCAGAGUGGUGGCUGGUCAACAUUGCUUGUCUGAGAACAGGUACGGUUCUCAUUCCCGGUACCUCUCAGCUCACUGCCCGGGACAUCCUCCACCGCCUGCAGACCUCCAGGGCCAAGUGCGUGGUCACGGACGAGUCUCUGGCCCCUCUGCUGGACUCGGUGGCUCCACAGUGCUCCUCUCUUCAAUCCAAACUCCUUGUGUCCCCAAGAAACAGAGAGGGAUGGCUCAACUUUGGAGAGCUCUUAAGGAGAGCGUCGGGAAACCAUGUUUGUGUGAACACAAAAAGCGAUGAGGCCAUGACAAUAUUCUUCACCAGCGGCACCACAGGUUCUCCUAAAAUGACCCAGCAUAGUCACUGUAGCUAUGGAAUAGGCCUCAAUGUCAAUGGCAGGUACUGGCUCGACCUAACGCACAGAGAUGUGAUGUGGAACACCUCAGACACAGGCUGGGCCAAGUCAGCCUGGAGUAGCGUUUUCGCCCCCUGGAUCCAGGGAGCAUGUGUGUUUGUCCACCAUAUGCCACGUUUCGAGUCAUCAACAGUUCUGGAGACUCUGUCCAGUUAUCCUAUAACUACCUUCUGCACUGCCCCCACUGCCUAUCGCAUGUUGGUUCAAGAGGACCUGUCCAGGUUCAGCUUCCCCAGCCUGCAGCACUGCCUGUGUGCGGGCGAGCCCAUUAACCCAGAAGUGAUGGGCAAGUGGAGAGAGGCCAUGGGACUGGACAUUUACGAGGGAUACGGACAGACAGAGACAGUGUUAAUUGCUGGGACUUUUAAGGGGAUGAAGAUCAAGCCUGGAUCUUUUGGCAAACCAUCGCCAGCAUACGAUGUACAGGUCAUAGAUGAUGAAGGAAAUAUUGUGCCUCAGGGGAAGGAGGGAAACUUGGCCAUCCGAGUGAGACCUCACAAGCCUUUCUCCCUGUUCACCGAGUACACGGACGAUACCCAGAGGACAGCAGAGUGCUUCAGAGGAGACUUCUACCUGACCGGAGAUAGAGGACUCCAGGACGAGGAUGGCUACCUGUGGUUUGUGGGGAGGGCAGAUGACGUCAUUCUCUCGGCAGGGUACCGCAUAGGUCCUUUUGAGGUGGAGAAUGCCUUGAUUGAGCACGAUGCCGUGGCUGAGUCCGCUGUCGUCAGUAGCCCAGACCCAGUCAGAGGAGAGGUAGUGAAGGCGUUUGUUGUGCUGUCCUCCGAGUUUAAAACCAGGGACCAUGAUGAACUCAGAGCAGAGCUCCAGACGCAUGUGAAAAGAGUCACAGCUCCUUAUAAAUACCCACGGAAGAUUGAGUUUGUGAACCAGCUUCCAAAGACAGUCAGUGGUAAAAUCAGAAGAGUCGAACUUCGAAAUAAAGAGUGGGAAAGAGGAUGAUUUUCUGCAUUUCUGCAUUUGUAAAGAUAAAUACAGUAAAUGAAUUUAAAUGAAUUCCAUGCCUAAUUGUUAAUGUCUCUGUCGUCUUGUGUUGUAUGUUUGGAAUGCAUUUGAUCAGUAUUGGAUUAAUAAAGCUACAAUUACUUUCAGUUACAGACAGUGUCCCUUUUCCAGUCUCUAGGUGGAGCUAUUUCUAAUCUACUCAGGAUACAACACCUCGUAUAAACACUUCACUUCAAACGCAUACUGAUCCAAGUGAUCAUUAGAUGUGAAGCCUGUGUAGUGGGUCAGGCUUUGUUCAAACUAUCUGUUUGCAUAUUGUACACACAGAUUAUUUUAAUUCAUAAAAAUCAAACCAUUUGUUUUAGAAACAAUGACUUAUGAUUAAAUUCAUAUCAAGUCCUGAUUUCUGAGUUCUUACAUAUAGUUGAACACAGCUGACUACGCUAUACCCUACUCACUUUUUUCACUGACUGAUGAACCCAUUCCGAUCUCAAAUGGGCUGUGUAGUUAUAGUACGCCCAGCUAAUGUCUAAUGCACAUCAAGUGACAUGCGACCUUUGAACUGCCUUCAUAGAAGUCAGCUGGCUCGUAUCAGAUUUAGGCCUGACUCUUCUGAUUAUAUGAAUGUUCUGUAUGUCAUGUGAUAUGUCUUCUUCCUCUGCACUUACGUUACAUGUAAUACUGUUUGUGGUGCUGUACCAACUUAUGUUUUUACAAUGGAACAUGUACUGAUGUCUGAAUGUGAAUAUGAAUAUCCCUAUUGGCCAAUAAAGACUAUCUAUCCAUC